AUCACAACAGCUGACAUAAAAAUUGCGCUAAAAACUUAUAUUUUUUCAUUUUUGAUUUGUUGAAACUCAAACAUUUUAUUAAUAAUAAAACGUUUAAGUAGAUAUAUAUACUUGACGAAUGCACAAUGGAAGAUAACAGUAUUAUUCAAAUAGUACGUCAGCAUCCCAUACUGUACAACCAAAACCACAAAGAAUACAAUGACUGCGAAAAAAAGUCUAUAGUAUGGAAAAAUAUUGGACAAGAGUUAAAAAUGAAUGAAAAAUCUAUUUCUAAACGUUGGCAGUAUUUGAGACAAAGGUUUAUACGAGAGAAUGGACUAUCUAAAGAAAAUUGUGAAAGUAGCCAGAAAAAAGUGAUAUGGCCCCUUUACAAUAGUCUGUUAUUCCUAACAGAUCAUAUACAUGAACGGCCAAUGAGACAGCGUGCCUGCGUAAGGAAAAGCAUUUCACCAAUUGAUCCACUGUUACUUCCUGAACAGCCGCAGUCACCUUCAGUAACACCUUUACAAUCUCCUUCACCAACAGCUUUACAAUCACCUUCACCAACAUCUUUACAAUCAUCAUUACCAUCGUCACCAACACCUUUACAGUCAUCAGUAAAGUCACUAUCACUAUCACCAUCACCAUCACCACCACUAUCUCCAACACCAUCACAAUCAUCAACACUAUCUCCAACACCAUCACCUUCUAAAAAAAUUUUGAAUUCAAGAAAACGUCUUAAAAGCCAAGAUGAUGAUGAUGAGAUCGACACUGUAAUAUUGGCUGCGGUAACAAAAUAUAACACUUACUGCGACUUUCGAAUGAGGGCAGCAACCCAAAACGAUGAAGUGGAUUCAUUCGGAAGGUUAAUGAUGACCACCAUUCGCAGCCUAAGCAAACCAGCGCAAACAAAGGCAAUGCAUAAAUGUCUUAAUAUUAUUAUGGAGGUUAAAAAGAAGGAACGGAAAAAUAAUUAAUUUAAAUUUUAAAUGCCAACAUUUUGGUAGAUAAUACGAAUUUUAUAUUUUAUUCUUUUUAGCAUUUUUUUUUUGUUUUUUCUUUAUCUUUU